AUGAAGUGUAUGCCCAGAUUGAACCCACAAAUCGACUGGAUUCCAUGCGAUUUUGCAGCAGCUUCUAUUGUUGACGUUAUGAUGAAAACGUAUCAUUUACCUGCAAAUACAGAUGAGUCAAUUUACCACAUUGUCAAUCCUCACUCAAUCCAGUGGUACGACGUCCUUACUGCGAUGACAAGGUCUGGCAUGAACUUUGACAUUGUUGAGCCUACAGAAUGGGUCAAAGAGCUCGCCAAGGAUGAUACCAACCCUGCUUUCCGUCUUAUGUCUUUUUACCAAGAGACGUUCAAGGAUUCUUUCAAAAUGUCUGAAUGGAAGACAGAAAAGACUUGUGCUUUGACGCCUACCAUCUCUCAAUUGCUCGUUCUUAAUACUGAUUUGUUUAGUAAAUAUUUGAACUACUGGAAAUCAGUUGGUUUCUAUCAUCCUUCAUAUUAG